AUGCUAUUUCUUCAACUUCUCCUGCUUUCUGUUGUCCUCCCAGGAAGCUUCAAUGCAGAGGUGAUCCAUGGAUAUACCACAUUUCGUCUCAUCCAGAUCUCACACUAUGCUAACGAAUCCUGGGCACAAACUUGGGGCUCUGGUUGGCUAGAUGAAUUACAGACUCAUGGCUGGGACAGUGAAUCAGGAACAAUAAUUUUUCUGCACACUUGGUCCAAGGGAAACUUCAGCAAUGAGGAGUUGACUGACCUGGAGCUGCUUAUCCGUGUGUAUCUAAUUGGGGUAACUCAGGAGAUUCACACGUAUACCAAAGACCUGGGGUUUAAGUAUCCCUUUGAAUUACAAGUAACAUUUGGCUGUGAGCUGUCCUCCAGAGAGAGCUUCAAAGGCUUCACACAGGCAGCUGUGGAAGGAUCAGAUUUUCUGAGUUUACAAAACACAUCCUGGGUGCCAUCUCCAGGAGGUGGGAAUCUGGCCCAGAAGGCGUGUGAUCUCCUCAAUCAGUAUGAAGGCAUCAAGGAGACAGUGGAGAGCCUCAUGAGCAAAACCUGUCCCCGGUUUCUGUUGGGCAUCCUGGAUGCAGGAAAGAUGUAUCUUCAGAGACAAGUGAGGCCAGAGGCCUGGCUGUCAAGCUCCUCUAUCGUUGGGUCUGGCAGACUCGUGUUGGUUUGCCAUGUCUCUGGCUUCUACCCAAAGCCAAUCUGGGUGAUGUGGAUGAGGGGUGAGCAAGAGCAAGUGGACAGCAAGCGUGAUGAUGUUCUUCCCAAUGCCGAUGGGACUUGGUAUGUUCGUGUGAUCCUGGAGGUGAAAGCUGAGGAUGCUGCUGGUUUGUCUUGUCGUGUGAAACACAGCAGUCUAGGAGACCAGGACCUCAUCCUCUACUGGGAACACAGUCUCUCCAUGAACUUGAUCUUGGCACUGAUCAUGCCCUUGAUCCUUUUGAUAGUACUUGUGUUAUGGUGUAAGAAGCGUUGGUCCUAUCGAUAUAUUCCAUGAGAUGCCUCACCGAGCUUCCCACAUUGCAAUGAGAAGCCAGCUGUGUGAGAACUCAGAACAAUUCAG